GGAUCAGAUAGGAUUUAGUGUUGAGCUCACUCGUGACGCGGCUGCCUUGAAGUGAAAAAGAAAUGGCCGAGAGUACAGUGAAAACUUAUACGUUAGCAGAGGUGGCGCAGCGCGACGGCCGCGCAGGCGCGCCCAUGUGGAUGGUCUACAAGGACAGCGUGUAUGACGUCACCAACUAUGCUAAUGAGCACCCUGGUGGCGUAGAGUCUAUCGUAGAAGAAGCCGGCACGGACGCGACCAAGGCUUUCGACCAGAGCGGCCACACCAGCGACGCCAGAGAGAUCAUGAAGAAGCUCAAAAUCGGAGAAAUAGUAGAGGAGGAAAAGAAAUACGACGCAAAUGGCAAGAAAAAGAAACGGGUGGUGAAGGCAGCGCCAGAAGGCGAGAGCAGUCGGAGUUGUCUCAAUGUGGUCACGUGUGGUCUCAUCGGAUGACGAGCAACGACUGCCCCCUUUAUAUAGUUUACGCCUACCGUCAAAUACUUUUUUAAUUUUCGAAGGCCUGUGUUGUUUGAAUGCGUUUCUUGUGUACUAUAAAGAAUGAAGACGAAGGAUCCAGAAGGCCUACCCCGAAACAUACGAACUCUUAGCACGUUACUAACGUCCACAUGCCGUGGUUACCCAUAUUGGGUACGCAUCGUGUAAUAGAGAGAAUUUGUGGACGCAAUGACGUGUUACGUGUUUUAUGUUUCAUGGUAGCCCUCCAUCCACAAUUCCAUAUAAUAAACGCACACACAUAACGCAUUAGGUCUGCACCGACCUUAAAGGAGUUACAUAAGAAGCCACAAAUUAUUUAUUUAUCUUUUGGUUAAGAACUAAAUCAGUGGAUGAAAGUCGCUGGGAUCCAUGGCCAUAUAGACCAUCGGAAUUAGCGGAUACAGAGAUAGCCUAGCAGUUUACUAUACUUAGUGUUCUAGUGGCGGAUAAAU